UAAAAAAAAAAAAAAAAAAAAAGUAGAAAAACGAUAUCGUAGAAGGAGAACUGCAGCAAAAGAUUGGAUCUUUCUGUCGUUCUUUAAAUUAAAGAAAAGAGAAGUCGGGGAUGUCAGGAAAAGGAGCAAAGGGAUUGAUAACGGGCAAAACCCCAUCGCAGAGCAAAGAUAAAGAUAAGAAGAAACCUAUAUCUCGUUCCUCUCGCGCUGGUCUUCAGUUUCCUGUUGGGCGGAUCCAUCGGCUUUUGAAAUCGAGGGUAACUGCCCAUGGAAGAGUCGGUGCAACUGCAGCCGUGUAUUCUGCUGCUAUCCUGGAGUACCUCACAGCAGAAGUGUUGGAGCUGGCUGGUAAUGCAAGUAAGGAUCUGAAGGUGAAGCGUAUAACACCCAGGCAUUUGCAGCUAGCAAUCCGUGGGGAUGAAGAACUUGACACCCUUAUCAAGGGAACCAUAGCUGGAGGUGGUGUGAUCCCUCACAUCCACAAGUCACUAAUCAACAAAUCGUCCAAGGAGUGAUAAGUUAUUACCAGUUCUUACUUGGUCGUGGAUGGAUUAUUGUACAUGGCUAAUACAUUGUUGGUGGAUUUGGCCCCUCACUUUAGGUUGAUGGCUAAUGAAACCGAAGAAUUUGUGGUCUAAUUGGUAAAUUUUAAAAUUUUUCUCUCAUGUGGCAAUAGUUCUGUGCAGAAUGAAUAUAAAGUUGCUAGGAUUCAUGCGAA